AUGGCUGCCGAUGGUCCCAAACCCGGCUUCUUGGGCAACAUCAACAAGGAUCAGGAGGCCAAAUUGCAAAAGCUUUGGUCCGUUCUACUCAAGGCAGGCGAAAUAUCCCUAAGCAACGAACCUAUCAAUGGCUGCGCGGACGAGCAUUUCCGCCCAACUCAACCACAGAGACGGCUAUCCCUCCUUGGCCGCACACAGAGCAACGUCUCCGAAAAAGCGAUCCCGACCCCGAAUACACCAUAUCACCAAAACAUUAUGAAAUACCUUGGAGAAAUAGGGGCAGGGGUGGCUGAAGCCAACGCAAUCAAAAAGGCCCUCUCGGAGAUCACACCCACUGAACUUCGUACGGGAGUACUUGACACUCUCAAACACGACCACCCCGAUGCCGUGCUUCUGCGCUUCCUCCGCGCUCGCAAAUGGGAUGUCCCCAAGUCAUUCGCAAUGAUGAUGGAAGCAAUCCUUUGGCGAGUCAAGGAAAUGCACGUAGAUCAUGAUGUGAUGGCAAAGGGAGAGUUGUAUGCACUCAGGCAGACUCAAAACAAAUCCAGCACAAGUGAACAGAAAGCCGGAAAUGACUUCUUGUCUCAAAUGCGCAUGGGAAAGAGUUACGUGCAUGGUGUUGAUAGGGCUGGUCGCCCGAUUGUGGUGGUGAGAGUCCGCUUGCACAAGCCUGGGGCUCAGAGUGAAGAAUCUUUGGAGCGAUAUAUUGUCCAUGUAAUUGAAUCGGUGCGACUUACAUUGGCUCCUCCGGUUGAGACUGCAGCUGUUCUAUUUGAUAUGACAGGCUUUGGACUGUCUAAUAUGGAAUACCCACCCGUGAAAUUUAUUCUCAGGUGUUUCGAAGCUAACUAUCCCGAAUGUUUGGGAAUUAUGCUUAUUCAUAAUGCCCCCUGGGUCUUUUCAGGCAUUUGGAAACUCAUUCGAGGCUGGAUGGAUCCUGAAAUUGCAGCCAAGGUUGAGUUCACAAAUAGUGUCGCCGACCUCGAGAAGUUCAUCCCCCGUGAUCAGAUAGUGGAAGAGAUGGGCGGCGACGAGAAGUGGUCAUAUGAAUACGUUGAGCCCACUUCCACCGAGAACUCAAAGAUGGAUGAUACUACGACACGAGACGCCCUGAAAGGCGAGCGGCAAGCUAUUGGUGAAGAGUUCCUAGCUGUUACAUCUGGGUGGAUCAGUGCGACUAAAUCAAAGGACGCGAGGAAGCUCCAAUCCAGCGAAAGCAAAAGAGCUUAUCUAGCUGAGCGACUGCGCGUCAACCACUGGAAACUCGAUCCCUAUGUUCGCGCUCGUCUUCUCCUAGACCGAACAAAGGUCAUUCAGGAUGGUGGCAAGGUUGAAUUUUAUCCCAAGAAAGUUCCCAUGGAGAGCGAGAUUGAAACAACCAAGGCAUUGGACGUGGAACAUUUAGAGCGGGUUGAUAAUGCCACUCUGGCCACGUUGUCGUAG